AUGGGCGUGCAUAAGAAGACACGCAAAUUCCAAGUGAAGAGAAUCAUCGGCCAGCGAGAUGCUCGUCUCAAAAAGAAUCAAGAGACCGGCAAGGCGGCGGAGCCUAAGAAAAAGGACGACGUGAUACGAGAGGCGCCUCAAGUGUCCUCUUCUCUAUUCUUUCAGUACAAUACUGCCCUGGUCCCACCUUAUAAUGUCCUCGUCGACACGAACUUCCUCUCCCACACCGUCCAGAAGAAACUUGAACUGCUGUCCACAAUGAUGGAUUGCCUCUAUGCAAAGUGCAUACCAAUUAUUACAGACUGUGUUAUGGCGGAACUGGAGAAGCUUGGACAGAAAUAUAGGAUUGCAUUGCGAAUCGCAAGGGACGAAAGAUGGGAGCGACUCAAAUGCGGUCACAAAGGCACAUACGCCGAUGACUGCAUCGUCGACAGAGUCAUGAGGCACAAGAUCUACAUUGUGGCUACCAACGACAGAGACCUGAAGAGGAGGAUUCGGAAGGUGCCUGGAGUACCUAUCAUGAGCGUGGCUCGUGGAAAAUAUGUCAUUGAGAGACUUCCAGAUGCCCCUGAGAAGUGA